AUCUGAUAGGAAGUUUCUUUAUCAGAUAUUGGGUGAAGUUAUUAAUGCAGGGGCUACAACUGUCAAUGUCCCUGAUACUGUUGGGUAUACUGUGCCUGAUGAAUUUGGACAAUUGAUUGCCGACAUAAAAGCCAACACUCCUGGAAUUGAAAAUGUGAUUAUUUCGACGCACUGCCACAAUGAUCUUGGGCUGUCUACUGCCAACACAUUAGCGGGGGCAUGUGCAGGCUCAAGACAAGUGGAAGUAACAAUCAAUGGCAUUGGUGAAAGAGCUGGUAAUGCUUCAUUGGAGGAGACAGCUUUUAUGGACCUAAUGAUGCAAUUGCAUUCUGAGCUUGAUACUGAUGUUCCUUCCAUUGCUUCUCCUUUAGAGUAAGCAACAAGAAUGUUUUUAUCUGCUUUUCAUUUGCUUAUUGACUUUUUCUGCAAGAUUUCUU